AACACGCUCGGUACAACUAGGUAGUGCCGGGAGCCGCGAGCCAAGAGAAACGGUGUGACUCGAGGAAAACACGGAGAGCGUGGGUCGAUUCGGAGCCCCGCAUAACUGAGAAAGAAGGCGCACUCAUCGCAGCACCGACCCUGGAUAUGGCUACGUCUAUACUUGGGGAGGAGCCACGGUUUGGAACUACACCUCUCGCUAUGUUGGCUGCGACUUGCAACAAAAUUGGCAACACCAGUCCUCUUACAACAUUACCAGACUCCAGCGCUUUCUCAAAAGGUGGAUUUCACCCGUGGAAAAGGUCCUCGUCCAGCUGCAACCUGGGAUCCAGCUUGCCCGGUUUCACGGUGGCGACCAGCCGUGCGUCUACGGGACUAACAUCCACCAGCGGCACAGGCAACAGCGCCUUCUGCUUGGCCUCCACCUCCCCAACCUCCUCUGCGUUUUCCGCAGAAUACAGCGGUCUGUUCUCCAACUCCGCGACCGUCACUUCUCAAGAGUCUGGACAGUCUGCUUUUAUCUCUAAAGUCCACACAUCAGCUGAGACUCUUUACCCGCGCGUGGGGAUGGCGCACCCGUACGAGUCGUGGUACAAGUCGGGCUUCCACUCCACCAUCUCUGGUGACGUCGCCAACGGGGCGUCCUCGUGGUGGGAUGUGCACACUAACCCCGGCUCGUGGCUCGAUGUCCAGAAUCCAGCGAGCACCCUCCAGACCUCGCUGCACUCCGGGACGCCCCAAGCCAUCCACUCGCAGCUCAGUGGCUACAACCCGGACUUUUCCUCGCUGACCCACUCGGCGUUCAGCUCCACGGGAAUCAGUCCCUCCGCGUCUCACCUCCUGUCCACCAGUCAGCACCUGCUAACGCAGGACGGCUUCAAAACUGUCAUCCCCACGUACACUGACGCGUCCGCCAACGCCAUGAUCUCAGGCGGCAGCUCAGGAAUAAGCAGCUCCUCCCGGUCAUCCAGGCGCUACUCCGGCAGAGCCACGUGUGACUGUCCCAACUGCCAGGAGGCCGAGCGGCUGGGGCCGGCGGGGGCCAGCCUGCGGAGAAAAGGACUCCACAGCUGCCACAUUCCCGGUUGCGGUAAAGUGUACGGAAAGACGUCACACCUGAAAGCGCAUUUGAGAUGGCACACGGGCGAGCGGCCUUUUGUCUGCAACUGGCUUUUCUGUGGCAAAAGGUUCACUCGGUCCGACGAGCUCCAGAGACAUCUGCGCACCCACACCGGCGAGAAAAGGUUUGCGUGCCCGGUGUGCAACAAGCGCUUUAUGCGCAGUGACCAUUUGAGCAAGCACAUCAAAACGCACACGGCCGGUGGAGGGGGCAAAAAGGGCAGCGACAGUGACACCGACACCAGUAACCUGGAGACCCCGAGGUCCGAGUCCCCAGAACUUAUUUUGGAAGGUGUAAACCCCAGAAUCUCUGUCAAGGAUCCGUCUCCGCACGACGAACCCUAAUAAUAAUAAGAAUAAGAAUAAAAUAAAAAAGAUUCCAAACCGCACAGCAUUAAACGGGUCUUAUCGGACAGACAGCAUGAUGGAGAGGAAAAAAUCAAAGUGAGUCAUUAAAAAAAAACAAAAACAAAAAAACAAACAUGCGUAACGAAUAUUUAAAAAUAGAGUGAUAUUAUUUGGAACAACUUGAAAAUGAAAUGGAUGCGUAAAACCUGUUGGACAAUGUGAGUUCCAUCUUGUAAAUGUAAACUGUGUGUUAUUUUCAUGUAAAUGUUCGGCUAUGAUUGCUUUAUUCGUGUUUGGUAUAACCUGGAAAUCAGGGAGUUUACUUUCGACGCACUUUGUGGAUAUGUAUGUACACAGCUUUUUAA